GUCAGCAGCUCACCAUCAUCAUCAUGAAGGUCCUGGUGUUGUGUGCUCUUGUAGCUGCUGCUGCCGCCUCUCCAAGCUGGGGCUUCCAGAACGACGCUCCUCCUAGUGUGUCUACAGCACAAAAACAACACGACGUAAACUAUCUGCUCUUUAAGGUAUAUGAAGUUCUUCGUGAUGAUAACCUGAAGAAUCUUGGGGCCACCUUUGACCCAGAAGCUGAUACAUCCCACUACUCUGAUGGGGGAGAUGCUGUCCAUAAGCUUCUGGGAGAGUUGAAGGCUGGUAACCUAUUGGAGCAGAAGCAUUGGUUCUCUCUCUUUAACACAAGACAACGUGAAGAAGCUCUUAUGCUUUAUCAUGUCCUGGAACACUGCAAUGACUGGCAAACCUUCAUCAGCAAUGCUGCUUAUUUCCGAGACCGCGUGAAUGAAGGAGAAUUUGUCUACGCCAUGUACACCUCUAUUAUCCACUCUCCCCUGGCUGAACACGUUGUGCUCCCUCCACUUUACGAAGUCACCCCACACAUGUUUACAAAUGGCGAAGUAAUCCAGCAAGCCUAUCAUGCCAAGAUGACCCAAACACCUAGUAAAUUUAAAUCAGAAUUCACUGGUAGCAAAAAGAACCGUGAACAACGUGUAGCUUACUUUGGUGAAGACGUUGGCAUGAACACACACCACGUUACCUGGCACAUGGAAUUCCCAUUCUGGUGGGACGACUCACAUGAGGGCCAUCAUCUGGAACGUAAGGGUGAAAACUUCUUCUGGGUUCAUCACCAACUUACCGUCCGCUUCGAUGCCGAGCGUCUGUCCAACUACUUGGAUGCCGUGGAUGAACUUCAUUGGGACAAACCCAUCAAAGAAGGUUUUGCUCCUCAUUCAACCUACAAGUAUGGUGGAUACUUCCCUUCUCGACCUGACGACAUCUUGUUUGAGGACGUGGACGGUGUUGCCCGUGUUCGUGAUAUGCUCAUUACUGAGAGCCGUAUUAUCGAUGCUAUUGCUCAUGGGUAUGUCACUGCCAGGGAUGGUUCUAUCAUUGACAUCAACAAUGAACGUGGUGUAGAUAUUUUGGGUGAUGUUAUCGAAUCGUCUUUGUACAGUCCUAACCCUCAGUACUACGGGGCUCUGCACAACAUGGCUCACAUAAUGCUUGGACGCCAGGGAGAUCCACAUGGAAAAUUUGACUUGCCUCCUGGAGUACUGGAACACUUUGAAACUGCCACUCGUGACCCAACCUUCUUCAGGUUACACAAAUACAUGGACAACAUCUUCAAGGCACAUAAGGAUAGUCUUACACCCUAUACUAAGGAACAUCUGGAGUUCAGUGGUGUGUCUAUAGAAAAUAUUGCCAUUGACGGCACACUGGAGACAUACUUUGAGGAUUUUGAAUACAGUUUACUCAAUGCUGUGGAUGAUACCGUGGAAGUCGAUGAUGUAGACAUUUCUACGAUUGUAUCACGUUUGAAUCACAAGGAGUUUAGCUACGAUAUCGACGUCAAUAACAAUAAUGAUCACGAAGUUCUAGCCACUGUCCGUAUCUUCGCCUGGCCACACCUUGACAACAACGGCGUUCAAUAUACCUUCAACGAGGGGCGCUGGAAUGCCAUCGAGUUGGACAGAUUCUGGAGGAAACUGAACCCUGGCUCAAAUCACGUUGUCCGAAAAUCCACCGAGUCGUCUUUGACUGCUCCUGAUGUGCCCAGUUUCCAGUCACUGAUGCAGAAGGCUGACGAAGCGCUCUCCUCAGGCAGCGAGCUGGACCUUCAUGAGUACGAGAGUGCACUUGGGCUGCCCAGCAGGUUUUUGCUCCCCAAGGGUCAACAGAACGGUAUGGAAUUUGACCUGGUGGUGGUUGUGACCGAUGGCGAGGCUGACGCAGCUGUAGAUAAUUUACAUACAAACACCAAAUUCAACCACUACGGCUAUGGAGGAGUGUAUCCCGACAAACGACCACACGGAUACCCCCUGGAUCGUCGUGUUGAUGAUGAACGCAUCUUCCACAGCCUUCCUAACUUCAAGAAGACCAUCGUCAAUGUUUAUCACAAGAACUAACAUCAUAAUACACACUAGGUUUUAACUCAAUGACUGUUCGUAAUUUACAGUUUCUGAGAAUGACAACCACACUAUCUGUAACUGUUGCCUAUUAAAGCUCUACUUGCAAUGCUAAUGAUUUAAUUGUAUUUCUAAUGAGUGUUUACUGUUUUGCAUUAGAAACUGUUAGGGGUACUCAAACGUCGCAAUUACCCAUAUCUUGCCAGGUAAUGAUAGAUAUUGUCAUAAGACCACCCUUGCGACAGCCCAUACACACAUUGUACGAAGUGAAAUUUUAGUACUUUUUAAUACUAUUUUUAGAAAGCGACUGUGUGAGAAAACUAAUGUUAAUGAGGUAUUUUGGCCCAGCAAUUAACCAUGAGAAAAGAACUUGUGAUAACCUGCAUGGCGAGAGUGACUCUAAUAUGACAUUUAUAUUUAUUUGGUAAAUUUUGAAGUUGUCCAAGCUAAUAAAGUUUUUAACCUAAAA